AUGGCACCUCGCGAGGACCUCGUCGCCUCAGCGGUGAACUUUCUCCAGGACCCGUCUGUUGCUUCAGCGCCUCUUGAGAAGAGAAUCGAGUUUUUGAAGUCGAAAAACCUUACGCAAGAAGAAAUUGAUCUGUCUUUGGCCCGCGCCAGCACCGAUGCUCCUCAGCCGCCUCCGUCUCCAAACGCCCAGUACUAUCCGCCUGCCCAGCAAGUGAGAGGCCCGCCGGGUCCGCGAUAUCCAUACCCUUACAAUCCCUAUGGCGACUAUCAACCUCCACCGCCUCCCGAACCCCCUCGACGAGAUUGGAGGGAUUGGUUCAUCAUGGCGACCGUUGUUGGAGGGGCCAGCUAUGGCCUCUACGUCCUCGCCCAAAGAUACAUCAAGCCGUUGAUCGCACCACCCACACCGCCUCAGCUCGAGCAGGAUAAGGCGGCCAUUGACGAGCAGUUUAACAAGGCUUUCGCACUGCUAGAUACGCUGUCUUCUGAUACAGCUGCGUUGAAGGAGGCCGAAGAAGCUCGCACGCAGCGACUAGACAAUACCAUCACGGACAUUGAGACCAUUGUUGCAGAGUUGAAGUCGGCUAAUAUGCGAAGAGAGGAUGAUGCGCGCCGAAUGGAGGCCGAGAUCAAGAACAUGAAGGACAGUCUGCCACGAUCAAUCGACAGUGUCAAGGAGGCGAGUGAGAGGCAAUUGAAAGAGCUGAGCAGUGAACUAGGCAGCCUGAAAUUGCUACUAGGGAACCGCAUGGGUGGUUCCAGCGGGUUGGGUUCGGCAGCUCAAGGGCCUCCGCGGACCCAGCCAGGUACAAUUCCCAGCGCAAACCCUGCUGUCGGAACUCCAUCAAUGGAGGCUGCGCCGACCAACAACGCCAAUUCGACCAAUCCACGGCCGCCUUUCGCAAGUGCUGCCACAACUCAUCCUACGUCUGCCUCUGGGCCGGCAUCUUCGUCGGCGCCUCCCAGACCAGCAUCUGCAGCGCCGUUUAGUUCUUCAUCAGGCGGCAAAGCAGCGAUCCCGGCCUGGCAGAUGGCCGCGGCCAACAGGAUGAAGGACUCCACCCCUGCAUCGAACCCAUCUGGGGGUUCUGCCCCUACCACAAACGGAUCUAGUAGUACACCACAGGCCGAUGGCGCAGAAGCUGUGGCUACACUCAUGUCGAGUUGA